AUGCCUUGCCCUGCCCCCAGCCCCCUGUUCUUCAAGGCGCACUGCCUCGAUGCAGCCCUCGUCGACAUCAGCGCGCUGUUGGGCGUGGCGACCGCGACGGCCGUGCACAUGUCGAAGAGCACCAAGAAGCCCGAGGUCAUCUGGCCCCUCCUCGGGCCCUACCUGGGCUGGCUGGCCUUCGCCACCGCCCUCAACGCUGAGGUGCUGCGCCAGAACAGCACGGAGACCUGGCUGGACUGGAAGAAGGUGGGGGAGGACGUAGACAAGAAGACAGAGAAGGCGCGCAACGCCGCCAAGGACGCAGCCACCAAGGCCGCCGCCGCCACCCAGGCCGCCGCCGCCAAGGCGAGCGAGGCCACCAGGGACGCGGCGAGCAAGGCGGCCGCGGCCGCGCAGGGGGCGGCCAGCAAGGUGGGGGCCGCGGCCGUGGACACGGCGGGCAGGGCGGCGGAGGCCGCGGGGUACAUCAGUGAGGAGGUCAAGGCCAAGGCGGCCCACGACAUGGCGGAGCUCAAGAGCGCCCUGGAGUGA